AUGGCGGGAGAAGAAGCUGCUCGGGUGCCCGUGGAGUACCGGGUGAUGCAGGGGCCGCUCUUCAAGAAGCCGAGCAAAGACCCGAACUCUUCCAAGGUCAUCAAGCUGAAUCGGAAAGUCGGAAGCAAGGUGCAGAGCACCGGCCAAACGUGGCAGGGUCCUGCAGGUGGCCUCUGGCUCGAGUUGGAUGGAGACAAGCCGGGAUGGCUACUGGUGGAAGGCCCGGGUUUCAACCAGCCAGGGCCACUCUUGGAAGAGGUGCGACCGGGCGACGAGGAGCCAGUGGUGCUCUAUGCCCUCUCACCGAUCGACGAUAGCAAGUUGUGCGACAUCUGCCUCAAGCCUUCGCAGACAGUGAAGAAAGCCAAACAGUGGCUGGCACUCCGCAUGCCUGGCUUGAAGGUAGAGAGCAUCAUCGUGGCCAAAGAGAAGCCCAGCGAGAAGACUCAUGGCCAAGGCUUGCGGAAUUUCCCCGCCAACUGGAUCCUUGAAGAUGAGGUCCGAAUACGAGAUACUCCCUUCAAGGAGCUCGGCUUGGAUCCGUCUGUGACAGCAUGGGGCAGCCGACGGCAAAAGGACGGCGCUGGCUUCCCUGCUCUGCCCAUGUUUCCCAAGCCGAUCUUGAAGUCCAGGAUGUGGCCGAUCUACAAAGUCGGGCGGCGUCUCAAGGCUAAUCCAGCCCUUGGCGUGCAGAUUGCCCUUUCGGAGGAAAGCAGCGUCUGCAGAAAUCGUGAAGCCCGCGACAGCCUGUCUUGGGUCCAUUGUAAGCGCAGCUGGCAGGAGCUGUCUGAAGAAGUCAUCGUCUGUCGCGUGAUGUUGGCUCUCAUGGCUCGCAGUCCCGCCUGUUCCUGCUUAGACUGUCCCCAACCUACGGCCAUGACCCGUCGCAGCCUGAGCCCUGAGCUUUCAGUGUAUUCAGACCUUGCGCCCCACCCGGAACGCGAGGCUUGCGCUGCCUCCCCUUGCCCAGACCUCAGCCGGUCGCAAACGGAGAGGAUGACCAGCGACGCUGUCGCUCCCUUCGACCGCUCCUUCCGAGAAGCCCUCAUCGAUGUGGUAGAUGGCUGCUUGAAGCACCGGCCGGAGGCCGUGCCUGUGGAGCAGUAUUUUGCAGAUCACUUGGAGCCCGUCUUGAGUGCUCUGGCCAUUGACUGCAUUGCCAGCCAGCCGGAGAACCCAACCGCCUUUUUGCAUGCUUGGGUGAAACAGCGGGAGUGCGAAACCUCUCCGUCCCAAAAGGGCUCUGCACUGCAGGAUGAGGAUUUCGACAUGUCGCCCAUCGCCCGCAUGGCGAUCUCGAGCUGGCAUCACAAGGAGUGCUCUCGCGAAUUGGCUGCGCUGCAGAAGGAGUACGGAACUCUGCGGGAUGUUCUCAAGACGUCACAGCGGGGUCUGCGACUCUUGCGGGCUGCAGAAGCCGGAGAUCGUUCGGCGCUCGUGGCCAUCUUGGAGCCGCUGGGCUUGGCGCAAGGUCAGUCGAGUUCCGCCACCGCGGCGGUCCAAGCCAUGGAUCAUCUGGGCAAAGUGCUCCGGUGCCUGCGCAGCCGCGGUGUGACGAGCGCCUCCUCGGCGUUCCUGCAUUUCAGCCCAGAUCAGGACUGGACUGUGUCGACAACGCGAAUGCAGGUGGAGAUCGGCCACUUGCAAGUGCUUCAAGAAAAUGAAAUCCACCAGCUGGUGCAAUACUUGGAUCACGAAGGAUCGGGCAGGGUGUCCUACCAGAGCUUCCGCACAAUGGUCGUGCGCUUCUUGGCAACAAGUCGGGACUUCCACUACGCUUUGUCCCCGGAAGAGUUCAACGCCAUCAUGUUCAGGAUCGAGUCCCGGCUGGCAUCCAACGGGACAACCAUCGGGCAGGCCCUUGCGGAGCUCGACUCCAGCAAUUCGGGUGCUCUAUCCGACACGGAAUUCAUGCAAAGUCUGCGCUUAUUGCGCCUGGGCCUCUCCAACAAGGAGGUGGCGCAGGUGUUCAACUCCCUGAGCGCCAACUCUUUCAAGGCCGCAGGCACCUCCGAGCUGCCUAAUCCUUUGAUGAGGGGUCAGGUGUCCAUAGACCUCUUCGCAUCCUUGGUGGCCAAAAGUAGCAAGGACAGCCGCCUGAAGGAAUGGGCGACAGGCACCUUCAGUAAGAUUCGCGAGGUCCCGCCACCAUCGUUGCAACAUUCGGCCGCCUCAUGCUCUUCGUCUUGGUUGCGGUUCUUGAGGCACUACGCCGAUCCACCGGUGCGGCAGUUCUUGAACUUCGGGGCCUUCUCCACGCUGCUCACGGCCGUGGACUCCUCCAUGACGUCGCCAGACAUUAGCCGACUCUGGUGCGUCCUGGAAAAGGAUGAUCAAGCGGAUGAGCCCCUGGUGCGCAUCGAGGAGCUGCUUCGUUGGAUGGGAGCCGCCUAG